ACUCUAUAAGUGACGCUGAAAGUGACAAGCGAAUAAAAGUUCGUAAACUCAACAGGGCGUCGUUGAUCAUGAUGCUUAAAUUUUAAUAGUGUGAAUUCUUGUUUCAAUCUUGAUAAUUUAAAUUAAUUUGUUGAUAAUAUUUUACUUUAUAGCCAUGCAGCAAGCAAAUCCAAAUGACCCCAAAAGGCCACAGAAAGUUGCAAGGUACAAGGCUCAGCCUGCAGGUAGCCCGGCUGAUGACCCAACACCUGACUACAUGAAUCUCUUGGGGAUGAUCUUUAGUAUGUGUGGGCUAAUGAUGAAGCUCAAAUGGUGCGCAUGGGUAGCUGUCUACUGUUCCUUCAUCAGUUUUGCAAACUCAAGGACCUCAGAUGAUACCAAACAGAUGCUGAGCAGUUUCAUGUUGUCUAUAUCAGCUGUGGUGAUGUCCUAUCUACAAAAUCCCCAACCCAUGCAACCCCCAUGGUGAUGAGAUGGUCAGGAAAUAAGGCUGAAUGUGCAACUGGGAGAGGAGUGUCUAGUGAUGGAAAAGGUGCUGCAGCUGGACAGAAUUCACAGGAGUUUUGUGACGGACACUUACAUUGGAUGGAUGACAUAUUCCUGGAUGACAUUUUCAUGGAUGACAUUUUCAUGGAUUUUUGUUCUUUGUUUUUUUGUGUUUGUUUUUGUUGUUUCUUUUGUCAGAUGUCCUGUGAUUCAUUGAUUCAUUUUUCAUACUCUAGUGCAAAAAAAGUAAUGCAUACCAGAAUAUAUUUUAAACGGAUGUUUAUUUAUCAAGACUAAAUAACUUUUAAAAUGUUUUCUCUAUGAUGUUCAGGUUGUUGUUGUGGGUUUUUUUGUCUUUGAAAAAAGAUUAGGGUCUAUUUGUCUAAUGUGACCAGAACUGAAAAUGCUUAGAACAAAAAAAUUGAUUGUGUCUUGAAAUUGAAGUACCUGUUCAAUUAAUGACUCUUAUACAAGGGCAAUUUUUCUUUAACGAAAAAAAAUGCCCCCCCCCCCCCCCCAUUGAAAUGUCAGUGUCCUCCAGGUAGAGAAAAAAGUGUACUAGAUUUCAUGCUAUGUGUGAACUUGUUGUUUUGUCCUUUUCCAUGUUUUGAGAUUUUAAUAAAAAGGAAGGACCAUAUUUACUUCAGCUCA